AUUUCCAUUCCUUCACUGUCAGACACAAAUAAAUAUCUCAUUCUCUUCAAUGUACCCUCUCCGCUGAUCAGUUUCACAUCACCUCUCUCGUCUCAUAAAGAUUCUUGAGUCUCAACUUGCUGUAAGUUAUCAGCUCGUGUGUGAUUCACUAUUUCAUCUGAUUUUUAUAGAGAGCAAUUUAAAGAACUCUAAAAAUAAUUAAUUUUGUUUAGUAAAUUAUCGAUAUGUGAACAAAUUGCAAUGACACACCCGUGCUCUAUAAAAAUAAUCCAUUGGAUUGUCGCCUAGUUCGUUUGUAACUUUUUUGCUACUUGAAGUGGACGGGACGCAAUUUCUAGACAGCCACGAACAUUUAUUUAUGUGUGCGCGUGUGACAAUUGUACCGUUGCAUGAUGCACGCUUGAACUUUGGGCGGGCAAUAUUGUUUCGUUCAUGGACAUCAUUAACUGAGAACAAGGCUAAAAAUUAAAUGGAAGGGUAUGCAUUAGCAGCCAUGAGCUAUAGGAUAUAAAUUUAACGGUUAGAAAAAGUAAUGGCUAGUUUGACUGUAUCUUCGUCAAGCAAAAAUAGUUCUCGUGGUAAUUCACCAAAUAGAGCGAAUAUUUCAACGCACCAUCGACACUCAUCGGUUAACCUGGAGCACGUGCCAAAGCCAUGUAAUCCUGCAGUUCAUUUCAACAGCCAACCUGGAGAGGGAAGUACAGGAAGUGGUAGCAGCAGUGGUUGCGGAGGCACGGGCAUGAAGAGUACUCGGCAAAGAUCACCAGGUGCUAUGGCACGAUCUGGUGACAAUGCAGAUGAAUCCAAUCCUAAUCCGUCCAAUGUGGAAUCUGAGGACUUUGUUUCCAAUGUUCAUCCACCAACGGACGAUGAAGGAGAAACUUAUCACAACACAACUCAAUCAUUUCUGUCAAAUGAUUCAUCUGAAUUGAUAACUGAUGAUGUGGAUGCAAGUGGCAUACGAUUUCGUCAAGCCAUCGAGCAAAUUCAAAAUAAAAUUACCAAGACUCGUGAACUUAUAAGAACAGAACAAAAAAUGAGAGAUGAGAAUGUCAAUGAAUAUUUAAAGCUUGCUGCAAACGCUGAUAAACAACAAUUGGUUAGGAUUAAAACGGUAUUUGAAAAGAAAAACCAAAAAUCAGCCCACAACAUUGCCCAAUUGCAGAAGAAGCUGGAUAGUUAUUCGAAGAAAUUAAGGAAUUAUGAAAUGAAUGGCGCACCAACGAGUCAUCGACAACCAAGAGAGGUUCUUCGGGAUAUGGGUCAAGGAUUAAAAAACGUGGGCGGGAAUAUCAGAGACGGAAUUAGCGGAUUUUCGGGGACUGUUAUGUCAAAACCAAGAGAAUUUGCUCAUCUUAUAAAAAAUAAAUUUGGCAGUGCUGACAAUAUAAAUACAUUAUCACUUGACAGUAAUGGUUCAACUUUUUAUGUAAACGAUCCACCGCGUGCAGGUACUGGUGACAAUGGUAGUGUUGAAGAAGAAAAAACUCAUCAUGGAUCCGCUACUUUGCCUGGAGGUUGUAGUUUAGGUUCAACUCACAGUGCUGCACCCGUCAAAUUCCCAUCGGAAGAAGGAUCAGAGUGUUCCAGUGUUACUAGUGAGAGUGGUCCAGGAAGCAGAGGUCAAGCUCAUGCUUGUCACAACACUAAUGCUGCGUUUAGUCUUAAAUCAAUUUUUUCGGAGCUCCAAGAACAUCGGGAAAACUUUGAUCGAAUGAGAGAAAAAUUAGAAUCUUUUCAGGCUCUUCAGCAAGAGGUCACAUAUUUAUCAAAUGCUCUUCAGGAAGAGCGUUUUCGUUGUGAAAGACUUGAAGAGCAAAUGAAUGAUUUAACAGAACUGCACCAAAAUGAAGUGGAAAAUCUAAAACAAACAAUCACAGAUAUGGAAGAGAAAGUUCAAUAUCAAAGUGAAGAUCGCCUACGGGACAUACAUGAAAUGUUGGAAAGUUGCCAAACAAAAAUUUCAAAAAUGGAACAUCAACAACAACAGCAUCAACAGUAUGUGACCCUUGAAGGACUAGAUAACAGUAAUGCAAGAGCAUUAAUUGUUAAAUUGAUUAACGUAGUUUUGACGGUUCUCCAAGUUGUUCUGUUACUAGUGGCCACCAUUGCAGGAAUAAUGAUGCCCUUUUUGAGAACAAGCUGUACUAAGCCUCAUUGUUUCAUGUGCAGGGUGCGCAUAUUAACUACUACAAUCGUCUUCUUGGGAAUUGUAUUUGUACUCAAGCAAUGGCCUGAAGUGCACGAUGUUGGAAGUCAUCUUAUGAGACAUCUUAAACAAACACUUGCGGUCAAGUAGUUUUGAAUUGACGAAUAAAUUGUUAUAAAGUUCACCUCGAAAGUGUUAUCUUAUACAGAAAAAAACAGCAAUAAAUUGAAGAAAUACAAAAAAUAUUAAUCACCUCGGAUUGAAAAUCGAAAUGUGCAGAAUCGCUUAAAUAUUUAUUAUUAUUUGUGUAUGAUUUGAUAAGGCUUAUUAUUUAUAUAUAUUCGUAUAGAAUAAUUGUAUAAUAUUGUUUAGGUAUUGAUGUAAAGUAUGUGAUAAAAAUUCAGAAAAUUUAAAUUCAGUGGAUAUAAAAAAAGCGUAAAACAUGAUUAAUAAAUAGUUAUAUAGAAUUUCUAGAAUGAAAAAGAAAGAUUUUAAAGAUUUAGAAAUAUUGAUAAUUAGAUAAAAUUUGUUAUGUGUCGUGUUGUACAAUUUAAGAAAUAAGAAAAAUAACGUAAACAAAAAUGAUAAAUAUAACAUAAUACGUAGUCGAAGUGAGACUAAGGCUGAAAUAAUUGGUUAGAUGGACAAUUUAAGUUGUUACACUCUGGAAUGUAUAUUUUAAAAAAAAAAUUAUUUAAAAAAAAUUCACGUACUCGGUUUAUAAAUGAUCUAUUUACUGAUAGACACCCUCCAAUUGUUUUUAAUUUCUAAUAACAUAUAUGAUAAAUUUUUUAGAAUUUAUUAUUUAAAGAAAGAAUUCCAUUAAAGUGAUUGUUUCCAGUUAAAAGAAUUUUUUUGAAAUAAUUUUUAUUCCGGUGUUGUUUCUAUUUUAAAAUAAAUAACGAAAGAGUAAAAAAAAAAGAAUACUGAUACCUCAUACGAAAUUUUGGUAUCAAAUUUUCGUAUAAAGUGACUAAAUUUCCAGUUAUUUAAUAUUUUGAUACAAAAUCGAUUGAUUAUUAAUGCAAAAUUAUAAAUCAAUCUAAAGACAAAAAAAUAAAAUUGAAAAUUCCAAUAUGCAAUGCUAUUGCUAUUGUAAAAAGCACAAAUUCAGUAUUAAGAAUAUGAAUAAUAAAAUAUUGAAAAUAGCAGUGAUGAUGAUAAUUAUUAUCUUUAAAAUUAUAUGUAAAAAAUAGAAAAGGUGUAUUUUUAUCUUUUUGGACCAGAUAAAAUACACAUUAGCCCUAUUUUCCAUAAUCAAUAUAAAUCAAUUACAUUGUACGCUUUUGUGAAACUUUUACAUUUUAUUGCGGAUUCAUGUCUCCAUUUUUUAAAGCUACCGUUGACUAUAAUUGUAUAAAAUAUUUUAAUAAGAAAUUCAUCCCAUUGUAUUCAAUAUAAUAAGUUAUUGUUGCUCUCUCGUAUUUUGUCAAAUUGCUGUGACUAUAAUAAGUUCAAAUUAAUCGGUAAUCAAUUCAAAAUAAUUUUUGGGAUCAAUCUUACGAUUUUUAAAUUUGCAGGUAAUCCUGCUAGAAAUCUGCCAAAUAUUUAUAUGUAAAUUUUUAUUACGCUUGGAAGCAAUGGCAAAAUGAAUAGUUUUCCCAUAUCAAAAGCAUAAGUACUAAUGGAACAUCAUUGUUUCUACAUAUUUUCUUUCAAUAUUUUAUCGUAAUUUUUAUUAAAAUGUCUGUAUAUGAGGUUUUUAUGUACAUAAAUUCUAAACUAGUUAAUUAAUAAUGCAGUUAUUAUUAAAUCACUGGAUACGUUGUAUCAAUGAGUCAUUAAUUGACUUAGUUGUGUCCUUUGAUAUUUUUUCUUCAUAGAUUGUAGUUGAAAUAAACUUGUAGAAUAAAAGAAGCUAUUUACAAUUAGUAGCCAAAAUAAAAUAUUUACAAUUUAUUAAUAGUGUUGAAAAAAACUCUUCAACAAGCUUUUAAAAAUUAUGACGUAUUAAUAUAUUUUAUGUUUUAUUUAAAGCACAAACUGUAAAAUGAUGAUAAUUUGAUUUAAAAUCAUUAUUAGUUCAGAUAUUAUUUUAAGAAAGCAGUAUGUGAAUGUAUGGCAUACGUUUGGUGCUUUGUAUUAUACGUAAAAUAACAAAUGAUAAAAUAAUUGCGUUAGUUGAAGUGAAAAAUGAUUUAGUAAAGGAUCCUCUGCUUUGAUUUUAAUGGUGAAAUGAUAAUAAAACUACAAUAAGACAUUUUAAAAAUAGAAAACAUAUAUAAAUAUGUAUUGAACUAGAGUAAAGAAAAAAAAAGACAAGAAUUUUGUACUUUCUCAAUGACAAUUUGUAAAUUUGUUUUUAUUAUUAAACAAAGAAUUACAAUUUUAUAUGUAUUUUAUAAUCACAGAAUUAUGGAGAAAAUUCAACUUAAAGAAUUAAACAGAGGAUCCUGCGUAGUCAUUAUAAUUCAUUAUAAUACGCAAAGCUAUUUACAAUAAAUAUCAUUGAUGCCUUGCUUAGAUAAAUAUGAUAUAAUAGAAAAAAUAACAAAGUAUCUGUCAAUUUAAAAACAAAAAAAAUAUUAAAUAGUAGUUGAAGUUUCUGUGCAAUUCCUAACAAUUUUAUGCACAUGCGUAUAUACUUAAUGCUCUCUUUCUGUCUCUCUGUAAAAGUAUCACCCACCGUAUGAGCACUAUAAACACUGGAACUAUUUUUUAAUAGCUGAUAAACGAAAAAAAAUCUUAUGUUGCGAUAUUUUAGGCAUCGAUUUGUUUAUUUAUCCAUCAAACUAUACCUAUACUAUUGUUUAUUACCAUUAAUAAAGAGCAUUUUCUAGAAAAA